GUUGUUUCAGGUCUCUGUUGAUCUGUUCGAUUGUUCUUGUUGUUUUUAACUCUUGGAGCACUGCAAUGUACUAACAAGGUUCCCCGCUUGGAUUCUGGGUCUUCUCAAUGAUUCAGAGCUCAAAAAUCAGGGAAGAAGUAAGAGCAAUGAAGGAUAUGGAACUCGGAUUUCUAAUAUUUCUUCUGCUUUUCAACCUGCUACUCCCCUUUUCGUCUGGACAUACUGAUGGUGUGUGCGUAUCUCAAGGUGGUCGUUUUCCACCCUUCUCCUCUGAAGGGAAGCCUCCAAAAAGGGUCGGCAAGGGACACCAGGAUUUGACACUUUGUAGGGUGUUUCGGAAAAUGACUUGCUGUGAUGCUGCCCAGACACAUCCUGCUUUGCUUUCUACUAGGAAGCUGGCUUUAACAGGAGAAGCGAGCCCAAAAUGCUUGCAAUUGUGGGAAUUGUUGGAAUGUUCCAUCUGUGAUCCACGUGUUGGUGUUCGGCCUGGACCCCCACUUAUAUGUACCUCCUUCUGUGACAGAGUAUUUCAGGCUUGCUCUAAUGCUUACUUCUCGAUGGAUGCGAAGACACAGGUUCUAGCACCAUGUGGAGUCAAUGACUUUGUUUGUGGUAGAGCUUCGGAAUGGACAUCCAAUGGCACAGAACUAUGUCGUGCUGCAGGUUUUGCUGUUAAACAGUCUGAUGUAGUGAAUGGUGGUGUUGAAGAAACAUCUUGUUAUGGUGGCAAAGCCAGUCUUGAUUCAAUUGCUGAUUCAUGGGGAGCUUCACAAUCUGAGAAGCCCCACAAAACUGGGAACUUUGGGCUCUUAGAAGAUUUCCAGCAGUGGCUGCAUGAUAUGCCAUCUAGUGAAAGAGUUUCUUGGGCAGUGGGAGGCAUGGUUCUUACAGCAGGCCUACUGUUUAUAAGCAAAAGAAAGAGCUAUAGUCAACGCCAAAAGCAUGCAGCUAUUCAACGGACUGCAAGGAGACUAGAUGGCAAGAUGAACCAGACGUCCCCUUCUAAUCAGGGAAAUAGGAAAGGAAGUCGAAGAUGAACAUCUCUUUCAAUCUUGCAAUUAACUAUUGGAAUUUGAUGUUAACUCUGGUAUCUAUGGAGUUCACGACUUCUCCACCAAGGGCUAGACUGAUCAAGAUUUCAAGAUGCUUGUUUUGGUUGAAUGAGAAAUUAAGUGAAUCCUCCAGUUGUACAAGAACAAAUCAUUUUGAUAAUGGCUGACAUAAUUAUGAGUUAGUAAGAAAUUUAUAGAAGAUGAAGAAAGCUAUUUUCUGCUUACUCCUUGAAAGAGGAUGUCAGAGAACAAGCAGAUUCCUGUUUGUUACGCAUUUGAAUAUCCUAGUUCUGCACUUCCAUUGUGAAAUUGUAGCGAAGAUAAAAGUUCGUUGUAGUCUUUUCUGGUCUGAAAAGUUACUUCAAAUGUUUUUUCUGAGUUUGGAAUCCUCUUUUGUUAUUUACUUGGAUGAUAUUGUUAAUCCU